AUGUAUUCGCAGGGUGGCAGUGCCGCCUCUGGUGCCCCUGGCGGCCACAGGAGCAAUACAGGUACCACAGACCCCGGUGCCCCCACUCGCAUCCGCUCUAUUGGGCGCCCCUCCGGCGCUGUGCGUGACAGUGUGGCUGGGGGGCCGCGCAGCAGCGUUGGCAGGCUCAGAACAUCUUCUCCGUCAACCACUGCUGCUGUUGGUCGCGAUAGAAGACCUCUUGGACGAGGGCCCGUCCCCACUCAGUUCACACCUCUCAGUACGCAAUGUUGCUCGUCAGAAGCGGUGCCUCGUGCCACUGCAGGACACUCUACUGCGCACGACACUAUUCAGGCGGAGAUGGACGCGCUAGCCGACGAGUUUUACGGCUCAGCGCCUUCUCAGGCGCCUAGGGACGGUGCCACCGUCCCAAGGGCACCGGCGUUCGCCACCUCCGCCGACAGUCCCUACUACAGAGCCAAUGCUGAAAUUGGCCUCACAGCUGACACACUGCAUUCAACCACGUCUUGGUACGAAGGACCGGCUGAUUCGACCGGGCGCAUCUUUGAUGCAAGUGACAGCAACCUGCUUUGCAUGGAUGUAUUGGUGCCUCCAGCGGCGGCACCUGGUGCUGUGGUACGCGCUCCCGCUUCCCGUGCGUUCGGAGCGGCGCCGCCUUCUGCCUCCUCGCCGCUGUGCGUCGUCGGGUCGGCGGAUCACGGGCUGAGGGUGUUUGAUCUGUGCACGAUGCGUGAGCUGAAAAUGCUGUACACGAAGACAUGCGGGCACACGGAGUGGGUGACAGCGUGCCGCUUCCUCUCGGACCGCCGGGUGAUCUCUGGUGGCAUGGACAGCAAGUUGUGCUUGUGGAGUGACGUCAUCCGCGGUGGGCCGGCAAGGUGCGUGGACCUGCUAGGGCACACGAGCAGCAUUAGUCAAAUCGAGGUGAACGAGCGCCACGGCCGGUCUAUUGUGAUGAGCGCGAGCUACGAUAGGACGAUACGCAUUUGGGAGCUCAAUGGGGCGGUAGGUGGGCGGCAGGUGGGCUGCCUCUCCGGCCACAAAGGCCCAGUGACGCAGUUCAGCUGGUUAGACACGGAGGUGCUCUCAGGAGAUCGGCAGGGCACUGUAAAAGUGUGGGAUGUGGAGACGGCGCAAUGCCACCUGACUGCCUCAUCAAAGCGCGGCCAAAUCGGUUCCUUGGGUCACCUCAUGCACCCCGACGUAGGACACCUCGUCCUUUUCGGCGACCAAGGCGGCGUGCUCACCGUCGUGGAUGCGCGCGGGCCGUCCUCAGCAAAGCCGCUCUUUCAGGACGUUCUACAUAGAGGUGGGAUGCUUACGUUUAUUCGAACCCCCUCUCUGACGGCGGUGUCGGCCCCACUCAUUGUAACAUGCGGUGCCGACCAGCGCAUCGUCGUGCGAGACGCCCGUCGCAACUUUUCGGAGGUGUGCGUCAUCACCGACCACAACGACUUUGUUUACUCGAUGGAAGUGAUCGGCAACCUGCUUCUCUCCGGCGCCGGCAACGGCCGAUUGCUCGUGCAUCACGUGGAGACGGGAGAGCUGCUAUACGAGCUGAGGGCGAACACAGCAGCGGUCCGCGAAAUGUUUGCGUCGCCGUCGAUGCUCGUUACGGCCGGGGAUGACGGCAAAGCAAAGGUGUUUGAUUUUAUGUAA